CGCUGGGACUGCCGCCGCUGCUGUCGCUGUCACCGCGGCGGCGCUGCGCGGGGCUCGCCGUGGACGACACCGUGAACGGGCUGAGCGACGAGCAGCGGCAGCUUAGGCAGACCAUGACAAAGUUCUGUCAGGAGCAUUUGGCUCCAAAGGCCCAACAAAUUGAUCAGGAGAAUGAAUUCAAAGACAUGCGGGCAUUUUGGAAGAAACUUGGGGAGCUGGGAGUUUUGGGGAUCACAGCUCCUGCAAAAUAUGGUGGCUCUGCUAUGGGGUAUCUGGACCACGUGCUGGUGAUGGAGGAAGUUUCACGUGCAUCAGCAGCUGUCGGACUCAGUUAUGGUGCCCACUCAAACCUUUGCAUUAACCAGCUAGUGCGGAAUGGCAACGAAGCACAGAAAGAGCAGUAUUUACCCAAGCUAAUCAGUGGGGAGCACAUUGGAGCACUAGCAAUGAGUGAGCCCAAUUCUGGAUCUGAUGUUGUCUCCAUGAGGCUGAAGGCAGAUAAAAAAGGUGACUAUUUUGUUUUGAACGGGAACAAAUUUUGGAUCACCAAUGGACCAGAUGCAGAYGUGCUCAUUGUUUAUGCUAAAACUGACCUUAAUGCUGUCCCAGCCUCCCGAGGUAUAACUGCAUUCAUUGUGGAAAAGGGAAUGCCAGGUUUCAGCACAGCCCAGAAGCUUGACAAGUUGGGCAUGAGGGGGUCUAAUACUUGUGAACUGAUCUUUGAAGACUGCAAGAUCCCAGCCAAAAACAUCUUGGGGCAGCUGAGCAAAGGAGUCUACGUUCUGAUGAGCGGCUUGGACCUGGAGAGGCUUGUGCUGUCUGGUGGGCCGCUGGGGCUCAUGCAAGCUGUUCUUGAUCAUGCAUUUCCAUACCUCCAUGCAAGAGAAGCRUUUGGACAGAAAAUUGGCCACUUCCAGCUCAUGCAGGGCAAGAUGGCAGACAUGUACACCCGCCUCAUGGCCUGUCGACAGUACGUCUACAAUGUGGCCAGGGCCUGCGACCAAGGCCACUUCAACGCCAAGGACUGUGCUGGAGUGAUUCUCUWCUCAGCGGAGUGUGCUACCCAGGUAGCCCUGGAUGGGAUUCAGUGCCUCGGUGGGAACGGAUACAUCAACGACUACCCCAUGGGGCGAUUCCUGCGUGACGCCAAGCUCUAUGAGAUUGGGGCAGGCACCAGCGAAGUGCGCAGGCUUGUCAUCGGCCGGGCGUUCAAUGCUGCUUUUAAGUAACGCCAACCCCUGGAGCAACAGUACCCUGGCUACCUCAAGGCCUUUGGCUGGAGAGCUGGGACGCACAACAGCCUCUUCCCACUCGUGAUCUGGGAUGGUUCUUUGGGCACUUCUUUUCCUGUCCACCCUGUGAAGAGAUGCUGCUGCUUUGAGCUUUGAAGACAGAAUCAGACUGUAGGAGAGAAGGAAAAAUAAUGGAGCUUUCUUUUAUUUUUUUCUCUCCUUCUCAUGAGCAGCCUGAUUCAUCCUGUUCAUAAGCCAUCCAGAUUCUCAGUGCUGCAGAGCUGAGGUUAUCCCAGGGGCAUAUGAACACAGCAUCUCGAACACGAUGCCUGGAAGAGGCGGCAGCCGUUGCUGAGUAUGGAAAGUCAAUCCAAAAACAACAACACAACCAGGCUUGGGAGACAUUUUUCCCUCUAGAAAAACUCCAAGGGCCAUUAAAUAGCUCACAGUAGCAUGCUCCUGUUUGGGAGAGGAAUUUCCCAUUGCGACAUUCCARUGGGAUUAAUUGCUUCCA